AUGUAUCUGCUUAUUUACUUCUACCUCCUAAUGAGCUUUUUUGAAGAAAUACGUGGGUUUUGUCCUUCACAGUGCACAUGCGUGUACCAUGGCAGGAGUGAUGGCACUGGAGCAAGGUCUGUGCUCUGUAAUGACCCUGACAUGUAUGAGAUCCCAGUGAAUGUUCCUGUGGAUACUGUAAAACUUCGUAUAGAGAAAACGGUCAUACGGAGGAUUCCAACUGAAGCCUUUUACUACCUAGUAGAUCUCAAAUACCUCUGGAUAACUUACAACUGUGUAGCCAACAUCGAUAUCAGCAGUUUCUAUAACUUGAAACAACUGCAUGAGCUACGACUGGAUGGUAAUCUGCUCUCAACUUUUCCAUGGGAAUCUCUGGCAGAGAUGCCCAACCUCCGGACUCUUGAUUUACACAACAAUAAACUGACCAGCAUUCCUGCUGAUGCUGGCCGGUACAUGAGAAACCUCACCUAUCUGGACAUAUCCAGCAACAAGCUAACCACUUUGCCAUCAGACUUGAUGGACAUUUGGCCUCCCUUCUCAGAAGCUGUCCUGUCCAAGAACACAGAUGUUCUGUCAACCCAGAGAGUCAUUUUGGGUUUGCAGGACAACCCAUGGUUUUGUGACUGCCGCAUUUCAAAGCUAAUUGAAUUUUCCAAAAUUGUGGAUAACUCCGUUGUGCUUCUUGAUCCAUUGGUUUCAUGUAGUGGACCUGAGAGCCUGGCAGGAAUCUUGUUCCAGAGAGCUGAGUUAGAGCAAUGUCUUAAACCUUCUGUGAUGACAUCGGCGACAAAAAUCACUUCCCCACUGGGAAGCAAUGUUCUGCUACGCUGUGAUGCAACUGGGUACCCAACACCGCAGCUUACUUGGACUAGGUCAGACAAUAUACCAGUGAACUAUACAGUAAUUCAAGAAACACCUGGAGAGGGUGUCAGAUGGUCCAUAAUAAGCUUGACAGGAAUUUCUUACAAGGACGCAGGAGAAUACAGAUGUAAAGCCAAGAACUUAGCAGGAAUGUCAGAAGCUGCUGUUACUGUCACAGUGGUUGGUGUAGUUACUACAACUGUGUCACCACAGAAGUAUGGAAGGAAGCAAGAAACAGAGAGACAGAAUACCACUCAGAACAAAUCCAAGCAGGAACCUGAGAGGACAACCACACCUCUUCCUACCACACCAUCCACCACGGUGCUGGUUAGCAGUGAAAGAUCAAUGAGCACCAGGUUUCCUGACAAGAAACAAUCCAGGCCUGUGUUUGAUGGAAAGAAAAAUUCAAAGGCAGUGACAAAUGGAAACAAAAAGCAGACUGGAGAGAUAAGCAAGAAAGGAGAGAAGGCACAGCAGACUGGGGAGAUAGGCAAGAAAGGCAUGGAGACUUCUUUGAACACAGCAGGUGUGGCUGAGCAAAAUGUUACUGUAAAGAACCUAAGAGUGAUCAGUGAAACUGAUGAAAGAGUGACCUUAACUUGGAAAACUGUGAAUGCCACAAGCAACUCUGCAGUGACUGUUUUGUACUCAAAGUAUGGUGAGAAAGACAUGUUGCCUCUCAGCACUGAUUCCAGCAAAAACAAAGUCACAAUUGAUGGUUUGCAACCUAGUACUCAAUAUAUGGCAUGUGUCUCGCCUAAAGGAGUGCUGCCUACAAAAGAGCAGUGCAUUAUUUUUUCCACUGAUAGAUUAAAUGACGAAAGCAGCUCUGAGUUCCCUAUUCUCAUAUUGGCCAGCAGUGCAGCAUGUGUGCUUGUUUUACCUUUGAUAUUUUUCUUACUCUACAAAGUUUUAAGACUUCACAUGAAACCAAAAACUGGGAAGGAAGCUGACCUUGCAAAGGAGACCUAUGUGAAAUUUGAAACACUGUCUUUGAAACCUCGAACAGUGAAUGCAGGAGAGCAGCUCUGGGCCCGAAGGUACACAGAUGAUUCAGAAAGACUUCUUCUUUGUUCUAGGUCAAGCAUAGAUUCUCAAAUGACCUUCAAAAGUGAGGGCUCUAGGUCUGAGUAUCUCUGUUGA